AUGCUCAGCCUUCAACAACCGCAACUGCAGCCGAAGGGUAUGAUGAAACCGUUGAUCACGCCGGGUACAAGACGCCUCGCUGUGCGCGUGCGUGCCGAGCAAGCGGCGCCCAGCCUCGGCGCCCGGGUCAAAGCGGCGCUCUCCUUCGACGCAGCCGCGCGGGAGCGGCGGCAGCAGCAGCGGCAGGAGCGGCAGCGGCAGCAGCAACAGGUCGCCCCCGCAGAACCCCAGCGGUACUCCCUGCAGCGCGCGCUCGCGCGCCCCGAGGCCGCCGCAUCCUCGGCCUGCGCCUUCGCGGUCGUUGCGGCGGCCGUGUUCCUGCAGCCGCACGCGGCGCUGCCGCUGGACGCGGCGGCGCACUCGUGGGUCGCGGCGCACACCAGCCCGGAGUGGCGGUACGCCGUGGGGGAGCUGCUUAUCAGCGACGCCCCGAUCGCCUUUGGGUUCACCCUGUGGGUGGCGCUGACAGGUGCCGCACUGUUCUUGUCCCCGCGCCGCGCCGCGCCCACGCUGCUGGUGUCCUUGUUUGCCUACGCUGCGGGCGCCGGCUUCUCAACGGGCUCAGACGCCGCCCUGGUUGGCGCCCUCAAAUCCGCGUUCCACCGCGUACGGCCGUCCACCGAAAUCCACCACACCUUCUCCUUCCCGUCCGGCCACACCACAGCGGCGACCUUCAUGGUCGGGGCCGCGCUCGUCGUGCUGCUGCCCCUCGUGCUGCGCCUGCUGCGGGACGGCCCCGGCGGCGGGAGCGACAGGGGUGGUGGCGCUGCCACGCGGCUGCCUGACGGCGUGGUCUUCGCUACUUGGGGCGGCGCGGUGGCGAUGACCGCGGCGGGGCGCGUGCUGGCCGACUGCCACUGGGUCAGCGACACGGCCGCGGGCGCGGCGCUGGGAGUCGGGUGCGUGUGCGCGCUGGCGUGGGCAGUGGAGACCACCGAGCACGCCCUUGGCAACAGCGGUCGCAGCAGCGGCAAGCGCGACAAUGUCUCGUGA